AUGGCCUCUCCACCAUCUCUUCCUUCGGAAAUAUGGUUUGAUCAUAUUCUAACGCGAGUUAAAUCGCUCGACAGCCUAGGGUUGUGUAGGGUGGUUUCAAAGGACUGGAAUCACAUCACAUACGAGUCAAGGUUCUGGCAAUUGUUUUGCAAGAGAAGUGACACAGUGUCUGGGUUUUUAAUUCAGAAUUUCUACGAUUACAAACACUCAUCGACGUUUGUGUCUGUCGAUAACAAGGCCAACAAGACUUUGAAUCUCUCAAUACUAAACUUCUUGCCUGCCCCUGUCAAAGUUGAAGCUGUGAGUAGCCAAGGUGGCCUAGUAUUUUGUGUGAACCAAAACCAUCGUAGAGUACCCGAAUAUUUUGUGUGCAAGCCUACCACUCUACAAUGGGAAACUUUACCCAAUCCAAAGACUAGGUACUACACCCAAAGUAACGCCAUAGUCGUGUUGAGUUCGAAACCUUUAAGGUACAAGAUUAUCCGGUUUUCGGAACCCAAAUCUCCAGUCAAGUAUCAACUACACCAAAACCUUAUAAGGUGCGAAGUGUUUGAUUCAAACACUUGGGCAUGGAAGCAGUUGAAACAUGUUAGUUUGCCGUAUUCUGUGUGCUUGAGACUCCCCCGGCGGCCUUGUGUAACAUCAGGUGGUGCGUGUUAUUGGCAUCUGACGAGCAACCAAGUGCUUGCUUUUUAUUACGAAGACGAUAAAGAGAGUUGGGAAAUUUUUGAUUCACCAGAGCCGAUGAGUGAUAGUGAGUACUGUGCCAUGUACACCAAACUUGUAGAGUACCAAGGUCGUCUUGCCUUGAUUUACUCUGAAGAAGAGUUGAUGGAGCUAUGGGUCAUGGAAGAUCACGAGAAAAAAGUAUGGAAGAGACGCAAACUGAUUAGUCUUGAUGGGCUUAAACAACUGGUGGGGCAUUAUCCUUCCCCUGGAGCAUAUUACAACAGUGAUAUUGCACUAAUGGAAGCGUGGCCCAAAAUAAUUUUUUACAAAUUCCAAGGAAGUUCAAGUAACAAAGUAGUCAAGCUAGAGCAUAAACCCGAUGAAAUUUUCAAGCUGCAGUCUGAUUUUGAGAUAGUUAAUUUGAGGGGUUUAUAA